AUGACUAUCAGCUUCAAUGUUUCACUGAUAUUUCUCUUACAAAUAAUCGUCUGUUCUACUUUUAUCCAUGCUGCCCGUCAUCGUCGCCAAAUCGUUGAUGGUACAAAUCGUAUUGCAAAUGUUCCCGCGUCACCGCCGUCGCAGAACUCUCAAGGACCUGUACAAUUUAAUAACAUUCCGUACAAUCCGCCGAAUAAUCCGAACACUGUCUUAACAAACCAACAAAUCAGUCAAGGACAAAUUAUUCCUCAAACGCAACAGCAGCAAACCGAAGUGAUUCGUGGUCGUGGAUUCUAUAGUAGUCCCGGAUUUCAACCUCCGACAUUCACAGGUGCCAAACCAGCAGGAUGGUUUGGGACUAGUUAUGUCAAUUGGGUAUCAAAUCAAAAUGGUGAAUUGGAUAAGAAUAAACUAGCGGCAGAAAAACAAGCGGCACCUAACAAAGCUGUAGCUAAUACUGCUCAAAUACGGCACGAUGGCGGACAGCAAUUUCUCGCUAAAAUAGCCAGACAAUACGCUAGUAAAGGUGAAAAGGCUUUCAAUUUUGCUCUAAAUGAAAAUCGCGAAGGACGUGGCUCAGUUUGUUACAAUCAUGACAAUUUCGAUGGAUAUGUAUACGGUCGAUUUCCAUGUCCAUUACCAGCAAGUACAGGCAUGAAUCAACUUGAUCAAUUCUGCUGUGGUUUGGCCAAUUAUCAAUAUUGUUGUAAUGCUCAAGAAUUCAGUCAAUAUCAACGCGGGGCGUUCAGUGAUAAUCACUAUAUGAAUGAUCAACGUUUUCCACGUCGAUCUGUUUAUUCGUCAACAACGAAACGAAUACUUGCUAUUAUUAUACCUAUUGCCAGUUUUGUUGUUCUCACAGGUAUCGUCAUUCUCGUCGUUCUGUAUUAUAAGAAAUUUCGAAAAGAACAAACUCGAACAAGAAAACCGUCUGGAGCCAUUCGAUUAGAAGAUAACUAUUCAAUUGUUCCACAAGAUCCACCGGUGGACAAAUUUUCGUUAGCUAGUCUUUAUACAUUUACCACUCUUGAACAGUGUUCGUUUCUCCUUUAUAUAUUUCUAUUUGGUCCUUUUUUUGAUUAA